CGCCGCCUCGCCACUCGGCUCGCUUCCGCCUUUCCCCUCCAGCAAGCCGCCGCCGUCGUGGGGGGAACACGACGGGGAGAGGCGAAAGAGAGAUGGCGAAGUCGUGCAAGGGGUUGGCCAUGGAGCUCGUCAAGUGCCUCAGCGAGACUGAUUGCGUCAAGGUGCAGAAGAGGCCGUACAAGGAGUGCGCCGGGGAGAAGGUGCCCAACAUCACAAGUGAGUGCGUCGGACUGCGGGAGACCUACUUCAACUGCAAGAGGGGACAGGUUGACAUGCGAGCCCGGAUACGUGGGAACAAGGGAUACUAGCUGUGUUCCUGCAAUGUCCUCAACCAGUUUUGGUUUCUAGCCAUUCUUGUGAUUUGAGGUGUAAUGAUGUCACACUGUAGUUUGUCUGCAUUCUAAUAUUGAUGAGAAGCAAGGGUAGGUUCAAUUGAUGAGAAGCGCAUCUCAGUGCUGGCCUCUAACACAUCUUUUGGGGGGAAAAAGGUUGUUUCGUGCCAUAAUGUAGUCGGCCCCCAUUUUGUUUGUUAUAGAAGGCAGGAACUCGAAUCAGAUCACACGAGUUGUUCCACUUGAUGAGUGGAUUCAGUUGCUGAUGUGCAACGUUUUGUCUUUCCGGAGAGGUUGUUCCAUCAUACCCCAUAUGUUCAGGUGGUGUGGCCUGUUGUGCUGUCUUGUUCCCCCUGUACAAUGAACUGAAUCUCGGGACCCAUCUAGCGAGCUUGAUUUCUGGGACAGGCUUGAGAUCUUCUUGAAAUAAAGAUUUCGCAUCGGCUGUGUGCGUUAUGUGUUUCA